AUGAAGCAGUCCCUCGUUGCCUCCCUGGAGCACACCAUCGGUGAUCGCUCGCGGUCGAGGAGCCUGGGCCCGGAUGACGCGCUCCGCCUAUUCGACGAACUUAUCCGUCAACAGCGGUCCAGGCCCGGCUCGGUCAUCGCCUACAAUCACCUGCUCGCCGCCGCCGCCCGCGGCAGCAACAAUGGCGCAGCGCGCGCCGUCUCCCUCUUCGGCCGCAUGGCCGGAGCGGGCGCCGCGGUGCCCGACGCGUGCACCUACAGCAUCCUUAUCGCCAGCUGCUGCCGCGCGGGCCGGGUGGACCUCGCGUUCUCCCCGCUCGCCACCGCCCUCAAGGCGGACCUGAGGAUGACGCCCAAGUCCUUCACCCCUCUACUCAGGGGCCUAUGCGGCGAGCGGCGGGUGGCGGUCCGGGCGGAGGCUGUGGACGUAGCGCGCCGCAUGAUGCCCGAGCUGGGAUGCGCGCCCAACGCCUUCUCCCACUCCGCCAUCCUCAAGGGGCUGUGCGACGACGGGCGGAGCUUAGAGGCGCUCGAGCUGCUCCGCACGUUGGCGCAGAACGGAGAUGAAACCGGCGUGGUGUCCUACACCAUCGUCAUCGACGGCCUCUUCAAGAAGACAAGAGGGUACGGCACCGCAGGACAGUGGAAAAGGGCUGUUACGAUGUUCAAAGAGAUGGUCGGCAAGGGUAUUAAACCACAUGUCAGCAAUUACAACUCAUUAAUCGGUGCUCUGUGCAAGCACAGAAGAAGCAGUGAAGCUAGGAAAUUUUUGGAUUAUAUGCUCAAGAGUGGCGAAAAGCCUGAUGUCAACACCUAUGGCAUUCUGCUUCAUGGGUAUUGA